AUGAAUACCAGUACUGGGUACGUUAAUCUGUUGAAUAGUCAGAGUUCAGUUGACCUUGAGUCACCCGAACCAGCUUGGUUCGGUAGCCAAGGUCGUGACGAGUAUGUUUUCAACCCUGCUGUCGAGUCUUCUGUCCAGCCUGGUAUCGAGUCUCCUGUCCAGCCUUCUGUCUCAGAGAGGAGAAAAUGGACUGUCAAUGAGGAUAAAAUCCUCAUUGGUGCGUGCCUUAACACCAGCAAAGACCCCGUAGUGAGCUGUGAACAGAAAGCAGAACGUUUCUGGAAGAGAAUCGUUGACUACUACAACGCAAGCCCACAACUGGUUGGGAAAGUACCUAGAGAGGUUCGUCCAGCGAAGCAGAGGUGGUCUAGGAUUAACGACCAAGUCUGUAAAUUCGUUGGAUGCUAUGACGCGGCGUUGAGGGGGAAGAGAAGUGGUCAGAAUGAAGACGGUGUAAUGAAAGCCGCCCUCGACUCAUUCUACACCAUUUACGGGCACAAGUUCAGCCUCGAACAUGCGUGGAAGGAGCUGAGGCAUGACCAGAAAUGGCAAGCGACCUAUACGGUUAAAGACGGAGAGAAGGAGAAGCGCAAACAAGUCCACGAUGUUGAUACAGAAGAUGAAGUGGCCGAACCUGAAAUUAGACCAGUUGGUGUGAAAGCUGCUAAAGCUGCUGGUAAGAGGAAGAAGAGUGGCAAGGAAGAAGAGAUGUCACAGCUCCAGUCGAUCUUGCAAAUGAAAGAAAAACUCUCAAAACAAAAAAUCCUAGAACGUUUAUUUGGAAAAAAAGAUCCACUCUCUGAGGUGGAAGAAUCACUCAAACUGAAACUGAUGAAUGAGAUGUUAUGA